UUCUCUCUGCUAGUCGGUAUUGCGUUGGUGUGACUAGGUGUGACGAAUGACAACGUCAGUUUGAGCAGAAAAUGGUUAUCUCAGUUUUAGGUUAUGUCGAGUGACAUUUCUACUGUUUCAUUUCGUAAAUUUUAAACUUUUUCAUUCAGUAUGACUUAUUUGAAUCAACCAGAUUACGUGCGCUACUUGUGCAAUUGUGGCUCCUUAAAAUCUAUAUCGAAGAUAUAUUUCUGCCGACAUUGCUUGAUGAUACGAUGCGGUUACUGUGUCUGUCAGGAGGUUGACUCUCAUUAUUGUCCCAAUUGCAUGGAAAAUUUGCCCUCAUCGGAAGUACGUCUUAAAAAGAACAAAUGUUCCAAUUGCUUCGACUGUCCUUGCUGUUUUCAAACAUUAUCGACAAGAGCAGGACUAGCACCUGUAAGAGCAGCAGCACCAACUGAGGGAGAAGAAAACAAGGAUGUUAAAGCUACUCCUAAAAAAGUAUAUUAUCUAUUCUGUUCAUUGUGCCGAUGGAGUUCUCGAGAUGCAGGAAUACCUGAUCAAUCCGUAGCAACUGGAGGAUGGCCUGAACAGGAAAAUCCACAUGUAAUGCGUAUUAAUGCUCUUAUUGAUUAUCACAAGGUAUUAGCCUCUAUAGAGAAACAGCAAUGUGAAAGGAAGAAAAUUCAUCCGAAACGCUCUUUUAUGCCAGCUACAAUGUACAGUUUUACAUCGGCGUUGGUUCGCAAGCGUAUUGGACGUCCCAUGAAACCGCCAUUGCAAUCUCAAUCAUCUGCUCAACCAGUACCAUCAGUUGCAAGUGAAGAAGUGGAUGAAUUGCCAAACGAUAUAUUUACAGAAUCUGUGGAUAUAACUAAAAUUACUACGUUGGAACAAAGAUUACAGCAUCCGGAGGUACAAGCUGAGAAAAUAAACGAAUUGCGUCCUCAGCACAGACAAUUUUUAGUCAAAAGAUCGCAACGUUGCAGAGUGUGUGAACAUAAUGUUAGCAAAUCAGAUCUUUGUCCUCAAUCAACAAAGUUCAAGAUUUUACUAGCUGCAUUUUAUCAUAUCCCAGAAGUCAAGAUUGUUACUUGUGAACCACUUCGACCAGGGAAAUCAAGUGAACUGCUUCUAAAAUUCUGUAAUCCAACGCAGCAUCAAACUCAGAUAACUAUAUUGCCUUUGGAUACUUUGUUAUCUACUUCACUCACUGAGGAAAAAGAUAUUAAACAAGAGGAUACGCAAGUAAUAUCAAAUUAGAAUUUUAUCAUAAACUGCAACAUAUUUUAAUAAUUUGGUUAAUUGUAGACGAAUGAAUCUUCGAAUUUAUUGCCAUCUACUGUACGACAAGCACCUGUAACAGAAGAUCCUAAGGCAAUAAAAAUAGUACCGAAUGCAGAUUUGAUAUUGCCUCACAGUUCAUUGAUUCUUCCACCAAGAGAUGAUGCUGCUGAAUAUGAUGAUACAAAUGAUAAUCAUAAUUUUCAAGAUGAUCCAAAACUUGUAGUAUGGCGAAAAGGAAAUAAAGCAGUCAUACGUUUGCACGUAAUUCCACACGAUACAAAUAAAGAUAAUGAAGAUUCAAUUAUAGUUGGAUUUGUCAUGCAACAUGGAUACGUAAAUACUAUUGCAGCACUAGAACAUAAAUCUCCGCAAAAAGUAGAUGUAAAGGUCAAGUUAUAUCUUACUGUUGGUCAGUUAGUUGGCGAAACAUAAUCUUUUUCAAUUUCAUUAGAAUUGCAAAAUAGAAAUACUCUAUACAUAAAUGCUUUAUAGUUUUUUUCAGUAGUCGAUUAUAAAUUAAA